AUGAAUUAUCUUAAACGGCAUGGAAUUGAGAAUGAUGCAGACGAUAAUUUAAAUUCUCAAGAUUCUCAAAAAUUGACUUUACGAUUUAUGCCUUUACCGAAUAUGACAAGAUGGAACUCGUGGCUCAAGAUGGUGAUUUACGUUUAUGAUUAUUUAGAAUAUAUUAAAGGGUUUUAUUUAGAAGAGCAUAAAUCAGAAUCUAACGAAACAAUUAAAGAUAUCAUAUCAGUUUUUAAUGAUAGAAAUGAAAACGAAUUAAUAGAAAUAUACUUAGCUUUUAUUCGUUUUUAUUCCUGCCAGUUUAUGUUAGAUACUGAUUUUUUUCAAAAGGAACGUGAGCCUAUUUUUUCUUUAAUUGAAUUACGAAUUCAGCAGCUCAAAGUUUUUCUUAUGGAUGGAAUGACUGCAACACAUUUUG